GGCACGGGACGCGUCAUUCCCACCGCGUUCGACCCUCCCGGGGUCACCGAUCUUCCAGGGUCACUGUUCUCACCUAAAUUCACUUACGGAGCCAGACCACGCGUCUGCCGUUUCAUUGAUCGAACCAACGCCACCCGGUUCCUCAUAUACACGGACGGUGCAUGCCUGGACAACGGGGGCGCAAAUCCCAGAGCCGGCUGUAGCUUCGUUUUCAAGCCUUCCGGUUCAAGAUCCGAAGGCUUCACACGCUUCCCUCUUGAAAACGAAGGACCAACAGGCGAAGUGCACCAGAAAACCAGCAACCGGGCCGAGCUCCGCGCUGUGAUAGCAGCUCUCCGAUUCCGGGCCUGGGAAGGCGAAGGGCUCAGCACACUUGUGAUCGCGACGGAUUCUGGAUACGUGGCUGAGGGCGCGACAUCCUGGGUGCGUGGAUGGCUACGGCGUGGUUGGAGGACGAGCACCGGGGCGGCGGUCAAGAACCGGGACCUGUGGGAGUGUCUACUCGGAGAGAUAGAACGGUGCGAUGAGGAUGGCCUGCAAAUUGAAUUCUGGCGUAUUUCGAGACGCUGGAAUAAAGAGGCGGACUAUCAUGCUAAACAUGCUGCUUCUGAGGAACCACCCAAUCGCUUUUACAAGCAUAUAAUAGGUGCGCUGGUCUAA